AGUAAACACGCUCCACGGGUCACAUCCACGUUGAAAUCUGUCAAAGCACUGAAAGCAAGCUGGAUUAACAUGGUUGUUGUAGGAAUCUAGUUGAACUGAUUGCUUGAUUUUGAGGUCGGUUUGAUUGUUGGUGUGUUAUAUUGUAUUUACGAGGCUAAAACAAACCGUUUGCUUUGAUAAUUUGCUGAUUUGUUGAAGGGCAAAGUUAGCUUUCGAGUUAGCAGCAAUAACGAGUAACGUGGGGAAAAAACUAGCAAGCACUGAAUUAAUUUAAUUGGAAAACAUGGUAUGCAUUUAAAAAACAUCACGGUGUGUUCGGCUAAACUCCUCAAUCAAACCUGACCAAUGGAAACCUUCUGAUGGGUAGCUAAGACCAGUAAGCCGGCUAGUUUAGUAGAUAAUUUUCUAUGUGAGCCGUUUUAUGUCAAAUUUAUUGCAAAUAUGCAGAUGUGCAAAAGAAUAUCCCAAGUAUCCAGCCUAGCUAGGAAUAGCCAUUAUUUGGUAGGCCUAUAUCAAUUACGUUUUACUCCUACGUCUGCCUAUCACUGCACAAGUCCACUUCUUUUGCCAAGAGAUAUUGAAUGGUUGAGAAAGAAUCCUUUACGUUCUAGAAAAGUCACAAAGACAAAUGUAUCUAGGCAGUAUGAACAUUUACAAGAUGCUACUAUCCACAAAUUAACAAAAAUGCCAAGCAGACAGGCUCAAGCGGCUAUAGACAAAAGAUCAAUGCCAGAGAGAAAAGUGUCUUCUGAGCUUCAGAAACUGAGGUUUGAGGAUUUCGAUGAGUCUGAAUCUGGAAAGAUCUUUGGUAUCCAUAAAGACAUUGUUGAAGACAAGCAGUUGGAGAUUGUGUAUGGGGUGGCCCCAUGCUUGCUUGCCCUCAUGCAAGGUAGGAGAAAACCCAGUCGUCUCUUUGUAAAAGAAGAUAAAGGGCCCCAGCGAGAUGCAGUCCUUAGGGUCUGUCAGGAGGGCAUCAGGCAUGGUGUGCAGAUCCAAAGAGUCAAUAAGAAAACACUUGACGAGAUGUCUGGUGGUAAAGUGCACCAGGGGUUGUGUCUUUUAGCAAGUUCACUAGGUUUUAUCAGAGAAGAAAAAACAGUAACAUUACACCACAAUGAGAACCAAGGGGCAUUAUGGCUUGUUUUGGAUGGAAUACAAGAUCCAAUGAAUCUUGGUGCCAUUUUACGGUCUGCAUACUUCCUGGGAGUGGAUCGGGUUGCCAGCAGCAUUCAUAACAGCUGUCCAUUGACACCCACAGUAAGCAAAGCCAGUGCUGGUGUGAUGGAGGUCAUGGAAGUGUUUGGCUACAGCAGUCUGGAAGAUAUGAUAAAGGCAAAAGCAGUACAAGGCUGGCAAGUAGCUGGCACAGUUGGAUUCGAGAUUGGAAAUUGUGAAGGUCCAAUUAUGCCGUGUUCUGAUUUUAAGAUGUCCAGACCUACACUGCUGAUAAUGGGUGGGGAGGGAAAAGGUUUGUCUUCUGAUUUGAGGCAACUAUGUGAUGUCCUCCUCACCAUUCCUCCACGCAGAGACCUGCAGCCUGGAGUAGAAUCCCUUAAUGUAUCUGUAGCCACAGGCAUCCUGUUGCACUCUCUUCUGUCCUCACGCACAGGAAGUUGAUGAUGAUGGCGGCAGGGCUGCAGCAUUAUUUACUCAGACGUCUCUCAUUAGUCCCCUACAGUGAUUAAUGACUGGAUUACUUCAUCAAUUAACAGUCUGAUAGUCUGGAGAGGCCCAUUGAUCAGAUAAAGAGAGACUGUAGGUGCAUCCUGAGCCUUGACUGCACUGUCUGACCGGCUUGUUUGAGACAAGACCUGUUCUUUUCUAGAUCUUUAUGAACACUUUAUGAGGGUUUUUAUAUUUAGGAAGAAUAAACAAACAAAGCACCCAUUCAUUUGUUAUUUUCUUUUAAGCAUUUCUUUUAAGUACUCCGUAAAACAGAAAACUCAGAUAAUCUAUGUAAGUAAAGCUGCAUUUAUAUGGCACUGUGUUUACAUAGUGAUUUAAAGAUAUGUACAUACUUGACAUAAAUGUAUAUUCUCUAGUACUGCAGAUACAAACUAGAACUAAAGAGCACACAUACUGAUAAAAAAACUGCUAUGUUUGGCUUAGCAGCCAGACAGAAAUCACUAGAUCAGGGAUCUCCAACAAUAUGGUAGGCUACUUUUUUCAGGUAGUCUACUCAAAACUUUUUUUAGUUAGUUUUAUUUACUUGUUGAUAUGUUUUAACAUUGUUUAAUAUGUAAACAUUCAGCCGGGCACCAGGUUGGAGACCACUUAAAACUCAACAUCUAUCUUUUGGUCACAGAUGAUCAAACCAUAUGAUAUUACCUGAUUUAGUGUAUGAUAUUACCUGAUUUAGUGAGGCCAGUAACAUACCUAACUUUAUUUAGUACUCAUAAAAAUGACCAGUUGAUGGAUCAGAAACACCACAAAUAUUGAUGUUUAAAUCACCAGUGCUGAAAAUAAAUAAUUUUGCAGUAGAAAUUAUUCAGAAAACCUGUACAAAGUAUACAUAUUGUAUGCUGUGGAAAUAGUACUACGAAGGAGUGUGGUAGUAUGCUGUUGUGAACAGCCAGUCACUUCCUUUCAGCAGUACUUAAGUUAGUUCAGCAGGUGGCACUACAUAUAUAUUAGUUAGUAUAGAUUAUUGAGUUUUCCUGUUUAAGAAUUAAGCUAAGGGCUCUGCCAAAUACAGUAUUGCUGGUGAUAUACCAGUUCCAUUGAGUUAAAUUGAUGUAAAGUUCAGUAUUUUACACUUCUGUUUCCCCUCCCUGGUUUACAAUUAAAUUACAAUGGCCUCGAUUGGCAUACCUGCAGGGAACAGUGCAGGAUGAUUAGGUUUCUAAUAUUAUAGACAAUUUCAAUUUAAUGAAGCACUGUUUUUAAUGGGAUGAAUGAUCUGCGAGUCUUUGUGGCAGGAAGAUAUUCAUUCUUAUUCAUGCUCAUGUGUCAUAACAUUGUUUCUUUUAAUUAUUAAAAAGGUUGUUUUGCAAACA